AUGCAAUCUCUAAAUCCCAGAAAGAGGUAUCCCUCUAAAACAAUAGUUGUUAACAACAACACCACAUCGUUUUAAUCUGAGGAUAAUCCAAAAAGGAGACCAAAAUAAUUAAGGACGAGCAAAUAAAUCAAAAGAUGUAAUAUAUUAGAGAGACAGGAGCUUAAAUAAGCUAAUCAAUUUCCUGCCAAUCUUAAACGCAUAUCUGACUCAGAAUCAGAUAGUGAUGUUUCUAUCCAAAAGUCAAUAUAAUCUGGAAGUUCAGAUUCAAGUGUGAAUUCUGUAAAAACAAUCAAAUCACAUUCUUCUUCAAGAAUGAGAAGGAAUCUAAACCAAUAAACACAAGAUGUAUUCUCGAAAACAAUUAGAUAGACUAAAAGCCAAAAGGAUACUUAAAAGGAGGAAAUUUAGUAAAAAUUAUUUGACAAGAUGGUUGAUAAGGGUACGCUUAAUAACUACUUACUGAAUUAAGAGAUAGAAUAGUUUGACUCGACUAUUAAAAGGAGAAAUUAAUAUUAAAAAAAUAGCAAGAAUUAAGAAUUAUCUGAAAUAUUUUCGAGCCCUUAAAAUGAUGAUAACUAAUCAAAUGCAAGUGCUUAAUAAAAGGAGAAAUAGGAUCUGUAAAUAGUUUAAUAGCAAAAUGAAAACUUUUGUUUUAGUCCACAGUUUUCCAUGUAAACUCCAAUGGCUGAAAUUAGUUCAACCUAUUUGUGCCCCAGAGUCUCUGAUUUACAUCUUUCACUCGACGGAUUCGGUCCUUCGUCAAUUAAUUCGCAAUCCUAAUCUUCUAUUGCUGUAAUAAAAUAAUAAUUCAUUAAUAGGCUUUUGAUUAGUUAUAAAACUUGUCCAAAUAAUAUGAGAAAAUUUGUUAAAGAAUAAAUUGUAAUGAUGGCUCAUAAUUUAUAAAAUAUAGAAAACUCCAAAGUUUUAAAAAAUAUCAUUUGA